GAGACUCAUUUGACGGAAUGCAUAAGGCAGAACGAAAUUCACUACAUAUGCUUUCUAAGAGUGAACCCAAGCAGUCUGCUCAGAGUUGGACACUAGAGACUCUUUCAGUGGAUCCUCAAAUGAGCUGGAAUCUAGAGAAGAUGGAGUCAGAACUGAAACCAGCUGAAGUAGACCUUGGGCUGCAUAAGGAUGUCCUUCGACUGGAGUCUGUGAAGAUGGUUGACAACAUUCUGGUAAAUGCUUUUGCUGCCCUCCAAAGAAUAGAAGAUUCUGACCCGGCGAGUCACGUACUCUUAACCUGUGAAUUUACAAAAGAUUCAGGACCGGUCUUGUUUGAAGGGGAAGAUAGAGACGGUAAUGCAGAGCGGCAGUUUAGUGUGACGUUGGAUCGGUCACCAUCUGUAGUUAUGGAGGAUACCCUUGCAGGGGGGCACAGCCAUGCGGAGGGCUGCAGGUCAACUCCUUCCUCAGGGUAUGAGUCCAUUGCUGGCUCUGACACUGACAUCAGAUGUUGUGCGGGCAUGGCCUUUGAUGCUUGUACAAUUGAAACUAAUACAUCAGUAAAUCAGAAGAGCCAAACCCAGUCUGAACCCUUUAACCACAGUCUCUCUUCUAAUGAAACAGAUUCUGAAAUGAAAGACAGACCAAAUAUUGUAGAGCAGUUACCUGCUACCCAAAGCCAUAAUCCUCAGUCAGAAAACAUUGAGCGGGAACAGAUCUGCGGUGACUCUAAUGGCAAAAUAGAAGUGAGAUUCCUUGCGGUGGACAGUUCCUUACCAUCUGAGACUGCAGUCCAGUCAGAUGAGUAUGUGGAGUCGGGAGGACACAGUCCAUCUCGGUGGACCUCUGUGAAAGCAUUCUGCUGUACUGUUACAAAUGAUCUGAGCCCUGGAUCAUUUGAGGAAGAUUUGCAGACAGAGCUCAGUUUGAAUCAAGCAGAGGGAACAACAUCAGCUAUGACUCUAUCUGGUAAGAUGAUUCAACUUGACUUCCCAGGCCGUUCCAUUUCCCAACAUUCCCGGUAUCAUGAGCUUGACCUUGUCCAGGUGGAUGAAGGCUUUGGGAUCAUCAGUGAGGAGGAAGAGAUAGACACAGUGUUUGUGAAUGACAUGGGUCCCGUUCACAGUCCUAGCACACGUAGAGCCAAAGUGUACCCCUUCUCCUUGUCUCCUAUCUAUGAGGAGGAAUCUAUGCGUGAGGAUACUUCGAGGCAGGAAAUGCUGCAGGUUCCCCCAGCAACAGAGGAGGAGCAGGGAUAUGUCGAACAGCCGGCAUUGUCCGUUCUUUCUCUUUUGCAGUCUGUUAGUGAGAAGCUGCAGUCCAGCAUGCUGUGCGGUUCAGAUGAAGGCUAUGUAGAGUCUUUGAGAACUGUCUUCAGACCACCGUGGGACCACCACAGAGAAGACGGCGAGAAAGAUAAGGAUAUGUCCAGUAUCUUACUGAACCAACUGCUCACUGAGUUCAAAACUGUAAAUGAUCCAAACACUGAGGGCAAGCUCUGCUCCAGUAUUAAUCAGACAGCUAAUGAAGCCCAGGAUGGACAACAGGAAGAGCAAGACUGUGAUGGCAUGCUGGACAAUGUUAGGAAGAAUGCCAGUACACCUUUAUAUCAGUAUUUGAAAUCUAGUGUAAUGUCGUCAGCUGACAAGGAAGCUAAAGAUGCUAAACACUGUAGUGCUGUAUGCCAUAGUAAAAGUAACAUUACGGAAGAGAUUGGAGGAUUUGGAAAGUUUAGUCCUAGACCGUCUGUAAUAUGUAUCUAUGAGGGUCAGUCGCUCAGUGGUGAGGGAAGAGAAAUAUUUGAUGAUGUGGAGGAUGCACAGACGGUUCUGUUUUCUCACAAAGCCACAGUUCAUGCACUUAAGGGAUGUUGGCUACUGUAUGCGGAUUCAUGUUACCGUGGGCCGUGCGUUCUCUUGGAGGAGGGUCAGACUGUGUGGACCAGUGGAGACGCUCGAAGGAACCUGGAUGAGUUUUCAGAACCUGACAGAACCGACCUCACUGACAUCCAAUCUGUGGGCUCGAUCAGGGCACUGCUGAGGGAUGACUCUGUACCAGAGAUACAUAUACAUCCCAGCAUGUCUCAUAUGAGAGAUACCGUCCGACUGUUUUCUGCAACAGAUCUGACAGAACAGCAUGGCCUUGUGUUACAGCAAGACCUCUGUGUGAAAACUGGAUGCUGGCUGGUUUAUGACAAGCCUGGAUUCAGCGGAAAUUCUGCUGUUCUGGAAACAGAAGGAAGGGUCACACCACUUCUCCAGAAUUCCCUUUUGUCACACGUCAAGAGUCUUCGACCGUUGAAAAUGGGUGGACUGAAGGUGAUGAGAUCUUUCGACCCAAAGGUGAUCUUGUAUGAGAAUCUGAAAUUCAAAGGCAAGAAGAAGGAACUGUUGGACCACACACCCAGUCUGAUGGCCACAGAAGGACUCGGCAGCAUCUCUUCAAUACAAGUUAUGGGUGGAAUAUGGGUAUGUUUCUCCAGAGAGGGCUUCAGAGGUCAUCAGUGUGUUCUGGAGGAAGGUCAAUACAGUAACUGUACAGCACUUUUCAGCCAAACUCAGUCCACGAUCAAAUCAUUGCGCUACAUUCAGAGCGACUUCCUGGAGCCGACAGUUUGUCUGAAGAGCUGUGAUCAGGAGAUCAGCGUGGUGGAUGUGGACGUUCCUGACCUGAAGCUUUACGAUCCAGCUGGAGAAGCAGACAGCAUCUAUGUGAUGAGUGGAGUUUGGGUGGCGUACAGUGAGCAGGGAUUCACAGGAGAGCAGUAUGUUCUGGAGAAAGGAUGGCAUCCUGGGGCUUUUGAAUGGGGCAGCGGGCAAAGCUCACCACGCUCACUGAGGCCAAUUCGCAAGGAGGUUUGCAGUAUUGUGGAACCAAAGUUUUUGAUACGCGCUUACACUCAGCCGCAUUAUACCGGUGAGGUCAGAGAGUUUGUGGGCGAAGUCCUAGACUGCAGCUCUCCGGGGAUGGCAUCAUUCCGGGUGAUCCGAGGACGUUGGCUGCUGUUUGAUGAGAAGGGUUACUUUGGUAACCAGUAUGUCUUGGUGGAGGGUCUUUACCCUGAUCUCACUUCAUGCGGCUGUGUAUCAACUGCCGUCCGGUCGCUAAAGCCAAUCCCAUACACUUUUACAGAUCCGUCCGUCAGCUUGUUUUCACUUAGCAGCUUUAAGGGACUUGAGGUAACUUUAUAUUCUGAUGUAGAGAACAUGGAUCAGUUCUUCAGUCAGUCUCUGAGAGUCAACAGUGGCCUGUGGGUGGCUUAUGAAUACAAUCAGUUUAAUGGUCGUCAGAUGCUUCUGCCACCAGGAGAAUAUUCAGACUGGGGAAAACACUGCGACUGGGACACGAUUGGAUCAUUAAAGUUCCUCAGACAGCCAAAAGUACACAUUAAGGUGCGUAAUCGAGGUCUGGGCUCCGUCCUGACCACUGCGAGCGAUCUGGAGGAGUCGUUUCCAGCAAAAGUCUUCCUGAGUUCUGCUGACUGCUUACUGAAAACACAGUGCUGGAUCUUUACUGAUGGUCUUUUGAAAAACCCGGUGCGUAGGGGCUGUCUGUCUGUGAUUGGAGCAAAGGCGUGUGUGGGGGCAAGAGUGGCAUUAUGGGAAGAGCAUGGGCGCACGAAUCAAAGGUGGAGUUUUAAUGAGGAUGGUACCAUCUCGUCUCAUUUGAAUCGUAGCCUGGUGCUGGACCUGAAAGGUGGAAGUGACAGAGACCAUCUCAUUUUGAGUCAGCUUCACGCCAACAAGGUCACUCAAACGUGGGACAUGGACGUGUUGUGACGCUGAAGCUUUCAUACAUCCGGACAUUAUAUCGAGGUGUCGAGCUUUUUUCAACCACUCACAAGUGGCAAUAGUUGAGUAGUGUAUGUUUCUCUGAAAAAUGUACAGCCUUGAUUAAGUAGGGGAACCAGAAUGAAAUGAAGUGUUGUUUUUUUUGUGACGCACAUUUGCACUAUCAGAACCCCGAGUGCUGGUCAUGUGCUCGAUAUAAGAAAAUCGAGUGACAUGUUUGGAUGUUUCAGGUUACAACUUUAAUCAGGUUAGGGAAUUAAGUUGCACAUACUCUAACUUUUGGCUAAUCGCAUUCGGACAGUUUAAGUCAAAGCUACUCAUUUUGCUGGACUGUUGCUGAACAGUAAUCUGCUUAUGAAGCAAGAAAUGUACAGAAAGCAAUGUUUAUCUGUUAAUGUGUACAGCAGUGUCAAUGUAGUUGUUUUCUUUCAGAAUAACUCCUGAAAAUGUAUGUUGUAAAAUAUGUAUAUUCAUUAAUCAAAUGUGACAAAUUGUCUAACCAACCAGAGGACAUGGGAAAUUAAACAUGGUUUUAUUCAGCUACAA